AACGCACUGUAUAAAACAUGGCCAAUGUUGGGAUUGUGACAGAGGUGCCUCGAACAGCGAGAAAAAAACAACUACAGCAGCAUUUUCAAGUGAUUUCUCCAACGCUGUGAUGUCGCUGAGCAUUCUGGCUCUCUGCCUGCUGGUCUGUGUUCACUCUGGCAUAAAUGCGUAUCCAGCCAAGCCUGCCAGUCCACGGGAAGGUGCACCACCUGAGGAGCUCGCCAAAUAUUACUCUGCACUAAGACACUACAUCAACCUCAUCACAAGACAGAGGUAUGGAAAAAGAGACACUCCAGAUACUGUAUUUUCAGAUUUGCUGGUGAAGGAGAACACAGAGAGCAUUCCAGGAUCCACAUAUGUCAGGUAUAAUGGGCUGCCAUUGUGGUGAUCCUGCUGGAGCUGUAACAUCCAGGUGACUUCACUACAUAAAGCUGCUACCAUGUCUGUUCCUGACAUGAAAUGAGCUUGUGUUGCAUGGAAUAAACACUGUGUAAAGACACCACUCUGGUCUGUAUUAACAUGUUUUUGACAAAUAGGCCAACUGCCCCAUUUUGGGUCACUCAGCUUUACAAGCUGCAAGUAUUUCAGCUUUUAGUCUGCUGUGCGGGUUUGUUGAGCGUCAGUUUCUGUGUCAUUCACUGAUGGAGUAACAGUGCACUCUCCUGGCCAACUGACAUCAAAGCAUUUUAAAGACUCCUAACUGGGGCAAAUGGCUUUUAAAGCACAUCUGCUGCAAGUGUCCUAUUUAAAGAAGAGAGAGGAGUAAAAUAGAAAUGUUUUGUAAAUGUGUUGCACCACAGUGUUGCAUCUUCUUAUAUCAUGUCUGUUGAGAUUUACCUGCAUCCUCAGUGAAAACAGAUUAACAGUUUAAUCCUAUCAGGUGACCUGGAUACAUCUAAAGCAAAUCACGUAACUGUAUGGUGCAGGUCCUAUAUAAAUAUGCAUUGCAAGGAAAUCUGAGUAUUGAGGAGUGGGAUAUUCAUGCCGGUGCUUCAUGCCGACCUGCUGAUGGGCGGCACACAUGAGAUUAUAUGGAUCCAGAUGUGGGGAUGUUGUAUCGUCAGGGUGGUUCCUGAUAGCAGCAUGUACAGUCCUCAUGGGGUAAGUGUGUCCUCUGCUGUGCAGUAAUGGUGAAAAUUUGCAUGUUUUUCAAGAUGGAGAAGAGAAUUAAAUUUGUUAUAAGUGAUACAGUCCACCAAUAAUGGAAAUGGUGAAAGAUAGUCAGUAAAUCUCUUUUUUUGCACCUAUUUUGGCACAUUUUCAACUUAAAUAACUCCAGAUUUUCAGCCUGAUACAUUAUAAGUAAGUUACUGUAAAAUGACAGUAAAAUCAGAAAUAGUCAGCAGCUAAUUUCGAUUUUUUUUUAGCCUGAAACACAUUGUUGUUGUGCAUGUUUUUUCUGACAGAUAAGAGAAAUAAAUCUGUUAUCAGUAAUAAACUCAACUAACAAUGGAA